GCUGCAGAAGCUAUCCUCCAAAUUCUUAGGAACCGGCAUGAUUUUUCUCAGAAAGCUUGGAGCAUUCUUCUUGUCGACACAGAGAGAGGGACGAAGAAGAUGGAAGAGACGGUGAUGAGCGAGAAUGCCGCGAUUAUAAAGGUUGCGGCCAUCUGCGGUUCUCUUCGCCGGGCCUCUUUCAACCGCGGUCUCAUUCGCUGUGCUAUGAAGUUAUGCGAAGACGAGAUAAUCGGGAUGCAGAUAGAGUUAGCGGACAUUGCUUCCCUUCCGCUCAUCAACACUGACCUAGAGAUCGAUGGAGGCUACCCGGCUGCCGUCGAUGCGUUCCGCCGCAUAAUUCUCGACGCCGAUAGUAUCCUCUUCGCCUCGCCCGAGUACAACUAUUCGCUUUCGGCCCCCUUGAAAAACGCAAUUGACUGGGCCUCUCGACCUCCAAAUGUGAUGGCUGGAAAAACUGCCGCAGUUGUAAGUGCUGCCGGAGGUUCCGCCGGACAACGGUCGCAGUAUCAUCUGCGCCAAGCAGGAGUUUUUCUGGAUCUGCGCUUCAUCAACAAGCCUGAAUUGUUCAUUUUAGGUCGUAAGCCUCCCAAUAAAUUUGAUGGUGAUGGGAAUUUGAUCGACUCUGAGAUUAAAACAAGGCUGAAGGAAGUGCUUUUGUCACUGCAAUCCUUCACCCGUCGACAUAAAAAUGGUAUGCAGAAGAUUAAUGAAUUGUGAUAGGGAUUGAAAAAUUAU